GGCUUUUUCGGGGCGGGGCGAGUGGGGGGAGCUCUUAGCCGAGAGGGCCUGAACAAACCAAGGUGAGAGGUAAAGCGCGGAGCGGUGUGGGAUCGCAACUCUCGUGGAGAGAGAACGUUGGAGUUCAGUUAAGUUCCUUAUGUCCUCCCCUGAAAUUGCUUCCCUAUCAUGGGGGCAAAUGAAAGUACAAGGCUCUACUAAAACCUAUAAGGACUGCAAAGUGUGGCCAGGGGGAAGUCGGGCUUGGGACUGGAGAGAAACAGGAACUGAGCAUUCUCCUGGUGUGCAGCCUGCAGAUGUGGAGGAAGUUGUUAAGAAGGGUGUGCAGACUCUUGUGAUUGGCCGAGGGAUGAGUGAGGCCUUGAAGGUGCCUCCGUCAACUGUGGAGUACCUCGAGAAACAAGGCAUUGAUGUGCGGGUCCUCCAGACAGAGCAGGCAGUGAAGGAGUAUAAUGCCUUGGCUGCCCGAGGAAUCAGGGUGGGAGGGGUCUUCCAUUCCACGUGCUGAUGGAGCCUUAAGGAGAAUAAAUCACUAAGCCACAA